CCCGCGCCUAUCACUACUUCUUUCUUGGACCUAGCGUGACAUUCAUCAUAAGCAUUGUCUGAAUCUGAUACUCAAGGCUUCCUCUUCCAUAUUAGAACGAUGCAACAUAUGGCCGAUGUCCAACCGGCAGCACCCGAUCUAUCGUUACAGAUAGUGGAAAGUACUUAUCGUGCUAACACAACCAAAGAGACGACUUUCAACUCCCUUCCACAAGAACACGUUGACGCCAUCAUCGACGAGAUACACAAUGACUCUGACCUAGGGACCGCCCGCCGUACCCUCAAAUCCUGUGCCCUCGUCAGCCGGAUAUUCGUCCGCAGAACUCGAAAGCACCUAUUCGGCCAUCUCAGCAUUCGGUCGAUUCGCGAGUGUCAAAGAUUCCUUGCCUGCCCCCAAGUCCAUUCAUUCACCACAUCCCUCACCAUUAUCUUUCAGCGUCGGUAUCCCAAUGAUGAAGGAUAUCCCAUAAUGCCAACUCUAACAGCGCUUCCUUCUCUUGUUGACGCGCUUCAUAACGUCAAUACUAUCAAGCUCUGCGGGAUGGACUGGAAAUCCCUAUCUCAGCGAUUCGUUGACUCCCUGGCAUCACGUUCCUUCGCCUCCGUCACUCUUAUUCUCACACGUUUUCCCGAUUCCAAAGCUCUCUACUCAUUCCUAUCCCACUCACCCAACCUCCGCCAGUUCUCCUGCUUCGGGACGACCAUCGAUAAUGGCGACAAUUCUCCGUUCAGCGCUAGUUUCGAUGCUUCUCAUCGGCCGCGUAUCACUGAGCUGCGUCUCCGGAAAAUGAAUCAGAUACCAGAUAUGCUGUUGUCGCCUGCUCUCUCCUCUGUGAAUCUGCAGAGCCUGCGUAUUCUUGAAGUGGUCAUAGACGGAAUUGGCGAAUUUGAUCAAGCGCGGCGACUGAUGAACCUGACUGUGCAUUCUCUCGAGGUUCUUCGCGUCUCUUAUUUAAUGAAACGACCAGCAGAUCCGUCCGAUUAUCUCCCCAUUGAACGCUUGCAAAAGUUGCAAUCUAUCAUAAUCGACAUACGUCUUUAUGGCUUAGGUAUCUUCCAGUGGUGGAUUGAACAUUUCGAGAGGUACCCGACUAUGCAGUGCUCUUGCGUACACCUCUUUGUUGUUGACACAUUAGCAGACGGCGCUGAUUGGAAGAGAUUGGAUACUGCUCUGUCUCGGACUUCCAUCCGCUCGCUUGUUGUUACUGUCUUCAUGACAUCAGCCUCGACGCAAUCCAUGAUAAAAUCUGCCAUCGAAAAAAAUCUUCCUAUUUUGAUGAGUUGCCAGAUUGCGCGUGUUCAGCCGGCAAUGCACAACUUUCAUGUUCUAGUCGGAAAUUUUAAUACAGACUAAGGGAAUAUGUUGAGCCUUACCUUGUGUCUGAGUAUUCGCAUAUGUAUCUAUACUUUUCCAAGAGGAUUCAAGAAGGGAUCGGCAAUACGGGCUGGACCUUUACGCCGUGUCCAUGUUGAAUCCACGUUGCACAACGCCUUUCUCACUUGAACAUUAACCAUCACCUGAAGUAGCAGUAGAGUGCGAAACUCACCCCCACUGUGUAAAGAUCAACUUUGUCUGUCGCUUGUUCCAAAAUAGUGAGCGGUG